AUGUCCACAACCGUCUCGCAGGCUGAGAAGAGCCUGUUGCGCGGCCUGAACAGGCUGCGCUCCCAGGGCAAGCUCACAGACGUAACGCUCAUCGUCGAUGGGCAUCGCUUCAAGGCUCAUCGCGUCGUGCUGGCGGCCAGCAGCGAUUACUUUUGCGCCAUGUUCGCGGACUGUGCCAUGGUUGAGUCGCGCAAGGAGGAGGUCACACUGUACGGCGUCUCGGCUCGGGCCAUGAGCCGCAUCAUAGUCUAUAUAUACACAUCACUGCUGGAGCUGAACGUGGACAAUGUGGAGGAGACGCUCGCCGCAGCCACCCAUGUCCAGGUGAAGGAGGUCAUCGAUCGCUGCACCGUCUUCAUGGAGCAAAAGAUUAGCAUGGACAAUUGUCUGGCCAUCGCCAGCAUGGCUGAGAUCUAUGGCCAAUUCGCGCUGGCAGAGCGCGCCUAUCGCUACAUCUGCGCCCACUUGAAGGAGUUUGCGACCACCAGCGAUUUCAAGGAAAUGAAACUGGAGCAGCUCCACUAUAUACUCUCCUGCAACUAUCCGAUCGACAUACCCGAACUGGAGCUGGUGCGUCUGCUGUGCGGCUACGGAUUCGAGCUGCAGCUGAAGGAGGAGGCAUUGGUCGAACUGUUGCGCCUCAUCAAAUGGGAAUUCAUCAGCACUGAGGAAAUGAAGACACUGCACUAUCAGAACCACUCGCUGGUCGAGGAGUAUCUGGCCAAGGUGCAGGAGACCAGCAUCAGCCAGGAGGCCAUCAACGCCUCGCUCGAUCUAUGCCUGAGACUAGGCCAGGGACCGACAAAUAUGCGCGGCAUGGAGCUGAGCCUCCUCAAAAUCGGCGGCUUCGAGUGGAAGGGCCUCACCAAUGAGAUUAUGUGCUUCUCCACUAGCAAAAUGAAGUGGUACGAGCUGACCGCCAUACCGCACAUUGAUCAAUGUAAUUUCGGCACAGCCGUGCUCAACAAUGAGCUUUUCAUAGUGGGCGGCGCCUAUGACGUCUGCCUGAAGGAGUACAUCCAUCCGUUUGGCUUCCGCUACUGUCCGCUGCGCGACUCCUGGGUGACCAUAGCCCCCAUCCAGCUGGAUCGCUGCCGUUUCUCGCUCAACGCCGUGGGCAAGCAGUAUCUGUAUGCAGUCGGCGGCAGCGUUGAGUACGAGGACAGCUCCGAGGACGCACUGCGUCGCAUGUCCAAUGUGGAGCGCUACGACGUCGUCAGCAACACAUGGACCUAUAUGCCCAGCCUCCAGGAGAAUCGCAGCCAGCAUGCCGGCGUCGUGGUGGGCGACAAGCUCUACAUAUCUGGUGGCAUACACCUGGCCACCAUACUGGCCAGCACCUGGUGCUUCGAUACAAAGACCGAAAGCUGGCAGGAGCUGGCCCCCAUGCCCACGCCCUGCUGCGACCACGUCCUGGUGGCCAUCGACAAUCGCAUCUACGCCUGCGGCGGCUGGCACGAGACCAUGCGCGAGUCACGUGUCCUCGUGGAGCACAUCUACGCAUACGACAUACCGACCAAUUCAUGGAGUGUGGAAACCAAAAUACCCGCACCCAAAUUCUACUCCGGCGUCACCACAAUGCGUCGCACCAUCAUCUUUGUGGGUGGCCUGGACUCGACCGAGUCCAUCGAUCGCGCCAGUUCGGAGACAAUGGCCUACGAUGUGGACACCCGCAAGUGGUGGCACCACAAGGACUCGUGGGAUACGCCAAACGAUGUCUGGGAGUCCACAUGCGUGACCAUGUACGUGCCCAGCUGUGUCUCCUAGCGACGCCGUCUCACAGUGCGCCUCCAUUGACGAAUUUACGCGACAAUUUAUAUAGCAUAAUCUGCCAGUGCAUGUCCACGCACACGCACGCACACACCGAAAUUUAU